AUGUCUUACUACGCGAAUAACGAAUACAUCAUCUCAACCAACAACUCUAUCAACGAGAACAAGUACAACAGUGAGAAGAUGAAAAACAGUGGCAUCAAGGCUUUGUUGAAGCCAUUGAUGAGAAUCAUUAAGAAAACAACAAAACGAUCUCCCGCCAAAACGAUGGACACGUGUUACGAAGACGAACAGAACGCUUGCAAUGAGGCUCUGGAGAGAAAGAUCUACGAUGACAUGGACAGCUGUCAGUCCACCGCCUUCCUGGUCAACAACCAAGACAACACAUUCGACCUCGUGCCGAUCUCUCGUGAAGAUUUCUACAUCCCGGUUCACUUUGCCCGUACAGACGCCGGCACUUUCUUCUGGACAACCGUAUCCAAGACCGAAGUUGACUUCGCUGACGCCCAAUGUUACACGGAGUGCCAAACCGCUGAGCAACAGUACCCAGUCUUCCAAGACCGCUGGGUGCAAGCCUGA